UCCAUUAUUUAAUUGCAAUAUGAAUUUAGAGAUAGGCAUAUAAAAAGUAUUUAUUUACUGCAUUGAAAAUAUAUGUAAAUAUAGGCUAAAGUUGAGCAAAUGAGAGCACUGCAAAAUUGGCGAAAAGAUUGAUAUGGCGAGGCAAGAUCAGAAGAAAACGUGCACAAGCUGAAGCGAUAAAAUAUAAAAGAAAUAGUGUACUUAAGAAAUGGGGAGGUGCAGUAGUAAGCAUAAAAAUAACAUUAAAUAAUAAACUGAGUUUAAUUUUUUCUUUUUGUUUGCCAGUUCAAAACCAAAAGGUGUCCUGGGUAAAGGGACUUUCCCGUGGUGGAAAAAAAGUUUCAUUUCCUAAAUUAAACGACACCAUUGUUGUGGCCAGGGGACUUUUCCAUUCCAAUUUCCAAUCUCUUAGUAAUAAAUACUCCCAAUACAUUUACUAGUACGAUUUUAUGUGUCUUCCCCUAUCCAAUCUAAUUAAAUUUAAUUGCAACCCUCCUUUCAAAGAAAAUAAAAAAUUUAACUGCAACCCUGUGAAUCUGCCUAUAAAUGAAUAGCCUCUGGUUUUAUAUUUAAUGUACACUUUCAAUAUGGCUUCUUCUUCCACCAAAAUGACCCUUAAGCUUCCGGUUGACACAAAGCAAAACAAAGUUCUGUUUGCAGAAGCAUCAAAAGCUGCCGUAGACUCUCUCUUAAACAUGUUUCACUUGUCUUUUGGCACAGUUUUAAGGCUCAUAAGUAGCAAUAACGUUAACAUGCAUUUGGCGGGUAGCUUAGGCAAUCUGCAUCACACUAGUAGUACUCUCCAAAACCUCAACCAGAAUUAUGUUCUCUCCAACUUUAGAACUCCAAAUGCUAAUGAUCACAACCUCGGAAUUUCGCUGCAUAAGUGCCCAAAUGGAUGCCCUUAUGAUGUUACAUCAUGUGAUAACGAACUCCUCUGGUGUUGUCGAUGUUUGCAACCUAUGAAUCGUAAAGAAACAAGUGGUGUCACUAUGAAAGAUCAAAAUGUAAUUUUCAUGUUGAUGGAUGAUUUAGUGAUUCAGCCCAUCUUAGCAAUUUCAGUUAUUACGUUAAUCAACAAGUUCAAUAUCAAACAAGUUGGUGCCUCUCAAGAAAUUGUGGUUGAGUUUGGUAUGAAUGAGGACUUAAAAGCUAGCAUGGCAAUUUGGUCCUUUUGUCUUGUAGUUUUGAGCUACAUUGUUUGUUUGGAUUGUUCGACUUCUACUUCUACCCCAGUCCAAGACACUCCUUAUUUGGGUAAGUUAUCACCACUAUUUAUUUGUACUUGUGUGUUACGGUAUGCGAUUUUUCAGAUCGUAUUUUAAUGUCACAUGAUAUGGCUUUAUAAUUGAGACCAAUACACUGUGUGUUUGAGUGUGUUAUGAGCUGUUUUGUUCCUAUGUGAAAUUCAAACACUCAUAGGAGGCAAGUUUUAGUAUGGGCAAAUUAUCAAAUUUUCCCAUCUUAGAUCAAUUUUGUUUUACUUGUAAUGAGUUGUACUCCCUAUUCUUUUAUAUUCGGAUUUGUACCCUUGACUCAAAAUUAUAAUUUGAACCCAAUUAAUUUGUUUAUUUCUUUAUCACAGGGAGAUACAAUAUUUUUUUAACACUCCUGCUAACCUUUUCCAACCCCAUUCUCAAUAAAAAGAAAACUUAAUAUAAAAACAUAGACCAAAAAAUGUGACUAACAUUUUCAUACUUCAGAUUUUAUUUCCUUAAUCUCCUCAAAAAAGAAAAGAUUUCAAUUAUUUACCCUUCAGAUUUUAGUGAAAAACGUUCUUCCAAAAAUAAAUAUUAUCACUUUAUUUAUUUUUAUUUUUACAUGAAUAUGACUUGGUUCAUAAAAAAUAAUAAAUAUACAUCGUCAAAAUUCAUAUUAUUUGUGAAAUAGUUAUUAAGGUCAUCAUUUAAUAAUACUAAAUUUACCUUGUUUUUGAAAUAAAAAACUAUAAAAAUAAAAUCAAGAAGUUCAUGGCAAAUUCUACCACAUGCCAAAGGAAAUGAACAAGUUCAACUAUAUUCCUGAAAAACACAAGAAUUAAAAAAUUAAUUCUAAAAU